AUGGAGUCAUCAAAUCUUUACAGAAGUAGUAAUACUAGAGCCUCCUUUUCAGGCUAGGUAAAUAGAGAUUUUACUACUCCUCAUCCUCCAUCAGCCAUACCUGAGAAGAAGUGCUUUGUUAAAGUAGUUGCAAUCGGAGACUCAGGCGUAGGAAAGACUUCUCUUAUUUAGAUGUUUGAACAUUCAAGAUUCACAGAAUCAUUUAAGCCUACCAUAGGAGCUGACUUUAGCAAUAAAGAGGUUACUAUCGGAGGAAAGAUCGUUACACUUCAAAUCUGGGAUACUGCUGGAUAGGAAAGAUAUCAAAGUCUAGGAACUGCAUUUUACAGAGGAGCAGAUUGCUGCUUGCUAGUGUAUGACAUUACAAGCCAAAGUACCUUUGAAAAUCUCUCUUAAUGGAAGUCCUCUUUUAUUCAGAAAGGAAUGAUUGUUAAUCCAGAAACAUUCCCAUUUAUGAUAGUAGGAAAUAAACUUGAUAUAGCAGAGGAUAAUAGAUAAGUAUCAGAGUACGCUCUGUAGAAAUUUUGCAAGGAAAAUGGAGAAAUGACAUAUAUAGAAGCGUCAGCACUGAAUAAUCUUAAUGUAGAAAAAGCAUUUUGUAAAUUAGCUGAAAUCGCUUUGAAAAGACAAGAGCUAAUGCAAAAGAAAACAGACGACUAUAUUGUCUAGGAGAAGUUAAGGGAAAGAGCUCAGAAACUUGGAAGAGCAUCUGGUGCACAAAGACAAAAUAAUGGUAAUCGUGAAAAUUGUCAAAAGUGCUGA